GCGAUCGCAGCCCGGCGCCACCGAGCGCGGACCUCCGGCACGUCCUAGAGCGGCCGCGUGGGGCCCGGCCUCCGGCUCACUUCCGCUCGCUCGCGUCGCUGGCCCCGCGGACAGCUGGGCCUCAGUGCGGGCCUGCGCCUUUCUGCGCUUUUCCCGCAGGCUGCGGGCUUCAGGGAGAGGGUGAUCGCGAUCUGCAGCCUGGAGAACCACGGGUCCGGGGUCAAACGGGCCCAUGGGCCCAGCACCAUGAUGACGGCCGGAUUAUGAACUUCGUCCAAGGUGGAUCUCCGCUUUGAGAAAGGAAGCAGCUGUUUUUUGUCCAAGAAGACAGGGACCUAAUCUGGUUUGCUCAGUUAGUUUCUAGUGGCUUGGAAGGUGCAUUUCACAAAACACCCUUGAUUACAUUUCUAGCUACUCGAUCUAGUGGAAGAGUUACGAUUUUUUAAAUUUUGUUUUUCAGUUUUUAAUUUGGAAAAUUUCAAUAUACGAAAAUAUAAUGUGAACUCCUAAUUCGUGAUUAAUCUUGUUUCAUCUGUUACUCUCACUCCCACUGUAUUAUUGUAAAGAAAUCUAAAAUGUACCAUUCAAUCUGUUAAAUAUUUGCCUAUGUUUUAAAACAUAGUAACUCCUUUUUAAAACAUAAAACCAUUAUCAGCCUAAUUAACAUUUCAGAUUACCAUCUACUAUCCUGCCCAGCGUUUGCAUUUCCCCAGUUCCCACCCUCCCAAAUUUUCAGUUCAUACAAAUCAGUAUCCAAACAAGCUAUACACAUGUUGCAGUUGGUUGACAUCUCUUAACUCUUUUAGUCUUUUUUGUCCUCUUGUUUAUUUUUUCCUUGUAUUUUACUUGAAGAACUCAAGGCAUUUUCCUAUAAAGUUUCCUACAUCUUGGUUUUUACUUUCUCCUUCCCUUUAACAAUCUGGCAUUUAUGUCUAUAGCUUUUUUUGAGGUCCAGGUUCUACUUUUCUCAAGAAAACUUCAUAGACUCUCCUGUGUACUUCACGUUCCAUCGCCUCAGGAGUUGGAUGAGACCUUGUCUCUUUUUGUAAACCUUGUAGACAUGAACUACUUUACCUCAAGGUGACCAAAUAAUUGACCAGAGCAUCGUAGAAGGAUGCCAGCUAGUAACCGCAGAAGGAAUGAGAGAAUAUCACCUUUCGGCAACCCCUAAUGAAAUAACGGAUCCUGGCAAUGAGCAACAGUGGCUGUCAACAUCAGAAAAAGAGACAGCUAGACAACCGUGCCUCCUGAGGAAGUACCAUGUGCCACUUACCCAGCAUUCUUGGAGUAAUAGGGGUGGAAGAUGUCCAUGGAUGUGACAUUUCUGGGAACGGGCGCAGCAUACCCAUCCCCAACCCGGGGCACCUCUGCCGUGGUCCUUCGAUGUGAGGGCGAGUGCUGGCUCUUUGACUGUGGGGAAGGGACACAGACACAGCUUAUGAAAAGCCAACUUAAAGCAGGGAAAAUUACCAAGAUCUUCAUCACACAUCUUCAUGGAGACCAUUUCUUUGGCCUUCCUGGCCUCCUCUGCACAAUUAGCCUGCAGAGUGGCUCCAUGGUCACCAAACAGCCCAUUGAAAUCUAUGGCCCUGUAGGGCUUCGGGACUUUAUCUGGCGAACCAUGGAACUUUCUCACACGGAAUUGGUCUUUCCUUAUGUGGUCCAUGAACUGGUGCCUACAGCUGAUCAGUGCCCUACAGAAGAACUUAAAGAAUUUGCACAUGCGAAUCAAGCAGACAAUCCUCCCAAAGAGGGACAAGGAAGAAAUAUCCUAUUAGACUCAGAAGAAAACUCAUACCUUCUGGUUGAUAAUGAACAAUUUGUUGUAAAAGCAUUUCGCCUCUUCCAUAGAAUUCCCUCCUUUGGGUUUUCAGUCGUGGAAAAGAAACGCCCAGGUAAACUCAAUGCACAGAAAUUAAAAGACCUCGGUGUUCCACCAGGCCCUGCUUAUGGGAAGCUGAAAAAUGGAGUUUCUGUUGUUCUGGAAAAUGGGGUUACAAUUUCUCCCCAAGAUGUGUUAAAAAAGCCUGUCGUUGGAAGAAAAAUCUGCAUAUUGGGUGACUGCUCUGGGGUUGUGGGUGAUGGAGGAGUGAAGCAGUGUUUUGAAGCAGACCUAUUGAUCCAUGAAGCAACCCUGGAUGAUACACAGAUGGACAAAGCAAAGGAGCAUGGCCACAGCACACCACAGAUGGCAGCAACAUUUGCAAAGUUGUGCCAUGCAAAGAGGCUGGUUCUGACUCACUUCAGUCAGAGGUACAAACCUGUUGCUUUGGCCAGAGAAGGAGAAACAGAUGGUACUGCAGAACUGAAAAAGCAAGCUGAGUCAGUGUUAGAUCUCCAAGAAGUGACUCUAGCAGAAGAUUUUAUGGUGAUUGGCAUUCCGAUCAAGAAAUGAGACGAGUGUUCCUGAAUGCAUAUUGACAGGUCUAUGAAUGUGUUAUUGAAUGUGGAAUUACUGUCCAGUUUUUAAUUUUUUGUCUGAAGUGAUUUAGGCCCUAGUAAUCCUAAAUGGAUGGAGCUGCAUUGCUGAAAUGACUCAGUAGUGAGAAGGAGCAAGCUUUUUAUAAUAAACCAUUUUUAAAAGAAAGAAAGAAAAAAGACCCCCGCAACCUUCUUAAAGUCCACAUUUAACAAAAUGAUAGGCUGUUUAGGUAUACUUCUCAUUUUGUGCCAUUGCCACAGGUAGAAGUCAGUACUCCAUGCUUUCCUGGGCUUAGCUUUUGCCUACCUUUAUUGCAGUUAUUGGCAAAGUACGCAAGGCUAGACACUCUUGGUUCAAAAUGAUAUUUGGGCAGUUUGUGUUGAAUCUGUUCAUGUUAUUUACAGAAUAGAGAGAAAUGUAAUGAGAUAUUGGACAUGCAGGAUUGGUAGUAGAAUGACAAUAGCUUUGCUGGAAUACUGAAUGUUUAUCUUACAGUAUGUUAUUGAAUGUUCUAGUUUGCUCUUAAUCCAUCUAUGGUCCUCCGCUGGGGUUGUGUUGCACCCCUAGAAGGAAUUUUGAAAUGGGGAUUUCCUUGUCACAAUGACUGAAGGAGUGGUGGGUGGUGGUGGUGGUAUUAUGGGUAUUUAGGCAACAAGGGGUUAGGGAUGCUAGGUGUCCUGCAGAGGUUGGGUCAUUCCUGUACAAUAAAGAAUUAUCUCACCCCCAAAUGCAAAUAGCAGACCCACUGAGAUACAAAGCAAGUUAAAACUUACAUUCCCAAUGAGAAUAUACUUUACCAAUAUUAGUGACCUAAUGAUUUGAAUUACUAGGUAAGUCAAAUCCUACAACAAAUUAUAAAGAGUGAAUAUGUCAGAAUUAUAGUAACAUAUCAAAUAUUAUUUGAAAGAAAGGAGUCAUCAAGUGAAGCUUAUCAAUAUGGAAGUAAAAAAUGGUAUCUGUUAAACUGAGGCUUAAUUUACAUGUCAUUAUUAAUAAUUCUCAAAUCCCAAUUUUAAUACAUGCCCUUUCUGGAAUAGCUUUUCUUUCUGAGCUGCCUUCUACCUCCCCUUCAGUCUGCCAUGGGAUAUCUGACUCACUCACUGGUCCCCCAAAAAUGUGUUCCAUGGAAAGGUGGUCCUGAGUACUGAUUCAGUCAAAAGGGUUCCCUAAUCAAAUCAGCAUAUUAAAAACUGGGUCUAGAUGGUGGCACAGUGCUAGCACAGCCGAAUCAACGUGGGAGAAGUCCUAGGUUCACCUCCCAGGCCCUUCCUGAGUUCUCCAGGCUCUCAUGCACCUGUACAUGCCCAUGAUCUGGGCUGGCUGAGGCUGGGUUACAUGGAAGCAUGAAUACUGUUGGGAGGGGGUGUCUCUCUCUCACUUGCUCAUGGAAUGAAUGAAUGAAUAAACUUAAAAACAAAUACAGUAUUGCUUUGAGUGAUCACAGACCAGGUUUUGGGGCCAGACUCUGAUUUCAGUUUUAUUCUGUGCUUUAUGCUAUGAUCAUCUAGUACCUCUUUGUGGUCUGGAGCAGGUUACUUUCUCUGGGCUUCUUCAACUUGCUCAUCUCUUAAACCAGGAAAAAUAAUACCUACUUCAUAGGAUUGUGAAGAUCAAACAAGACAGUCCAUGUAAGGAGCAUAAUACUUUGCUUAAAAGUGUUGAAAAGUUCUACAGGACAGAGGACCAGCAACAUUCCAUCCAUUUAAUAGAUACUAUCUAGUAACAGCUUAGGGACCUACAGAGUUUUUAUAAUACGCACAUUUAAAAACAUUGUCAUAAUGUGUACUGUCCAAUUCUUUUGGGUUCUGAGGCUUCUCUGGUCAAAUUUUUUAACUUCUGGCUGGUUGUGGAGACCCCAGAGUAGUGAUGAUCAAGAAGGUAUGGUUACUUAAGAUCUCAAUCAUCCUGAUGCAGUCUCUAGAAUGUUUUACAGCUUUCCAACUCUAGGCUCUCUGCCUGCAGAGUACCCAAGUUUGGCCAAGCUUAAAGUAUGUCUUGAUUUACAAACUCGAUUCAAACAAACAUUAAUUAGACACCUACUAUUUGCCCAAACCUGUGUAAGAGAGAAUGGCUAAGACUAGUAUUCCCACUACAUGGAAGCUUUGCCAUUAGAAAUUAUGUUUUAGUCACCCUACUUUCUUAGAAAUGUCCACCCAUGAUAAGCACUCAGAAAUGAGUGUGCAAACUUGACAUAUUUCUGUGCCUAGCCCAUUUCAUUGUACUUGUCAUCAUCAUUGUACUUGUCAAACAAAUGUAACAAACAAACAAACUCACCCUUCACUGAGUACCAGGUAAGUGCCUGGCUUUACUGUGUUGAGAGCAUUCUAGCCCUAUAGCAUAAUCCAGUGGUAGGGACCAAUAAACAAAAGUAAAUAUGUAGUUCCUUUAAAUAUUCUGAUCAUCUAGCCUGACCCUCACAAUCUUGUUCCUGAGCAUUAACUGGUAGCUGGCUUGAGUCAGGCCCGGAUUCUAAUCAUGAUCUAAAAUAUAUGAGGGUUAGAUGCUCAGGGACCCUGGGAAAUGGAAAACAUAUAUUAGAUCCAGUGUAGGACAUUUGACCAUGGUGAGAAUUCUUUCUCAACUCUCUUUUGGUCUAGAAUGUUUAUUUGUAUUGAGUUUGUUACAGGUGAAUGCAGUUGUUGGAGAGAGAGAGAAAGAAGGAAAGUGAGAAUGCACCUCCCCCGCGAAUGGCCACACUG